UUCAGUAAGUUUUCUUCGAUACGAAACCGAUCUUCUCUAAAACGAUUCCGUGCAAAUUCGUCGUUCGAAAACGAUAGGGGAGAAAAUGUCAACGACGUUGGAAGAUGCACUGUCCAUGUAUCCUCCCAGCCACCCUUCGCGUUGCGAAUCGCGGAGAACCUGUUUUCCAAUGUGUCCACCGUGUCCAAAUAUUCAGCCGCCGAUCAGCGGCACGUCUUCGGUCCGUUUUCAAGUUACGCGCACAUGCAACGGGUACGUUGAUGGAAUAUUUUUAUAUUUCGAGUACAAAGACAUGCGUGCAUGUGUAUGUACGAUAAUGUUACAGAUUCCUUUUCACAGACCCAAGUAUUCACCCUGCUAUUAUCCACGAUCGAUACGCUGCCCACCACCGGAGAUCCAACCAUCGAAAAUAACCCCUCGUUGCGCGAGGUUGUUCGACUCUCGCGGAAGGUCAAUUUGUUUAUAUUUAUACUAAUAAAUUAUAAAUAUUUCUGCUCGUUAUGCGUGGAGAGUAACUCUUUGUUCGCGUAUUUAUAUUUUUUGUAUCCUUUCUUUUUUUUCUUCUCUUUCAAGUGUAAAAUUUUGAAAGCAACAAAGACGUAAAAUACAUAAUUUGUACUUAACUAUAACUUUCUUGUUUCUUGUAACUUCUGCGACGAAUAAACAAAGAAUUAUAUUGGAUUAAAUACUGGAAAGGAAGCAAUCGGACACACCGCGUGAAUAUGUCCGAUUUAAAAACAAAAGAAACGUAAUCGAUACGAGGACAAAUGUAUAAGUUGUCGUGGUAUUAAAAAAAAAAAGAUCCUUUCGAAAUUUUUGUGUGAUUUUAUCAUUUUAAAUUUCAAAGUUGUUUCGUCAUCGAUCGAAUACAAUUUGUAAUUGACAAGAUGCUGUACAUUUGAUAUAUUUUUCUAUCGAACGUUACCUCCAAUCUUCGUGGGAAUAAAUCCUCCGAUAAAAUAAAAAUGCCUUGCCACGAGGAAAUAGGGUGUUGCCCUAGCACUCUACCUCCGGUGUGUUAUCACUGCAAGCCUCCGCCAUUCUAUUGCCCAAAAUACGGUUGUCCACCUCCUCAACAAUAUCCAACACCUCCGAAAUGUUGUCCUCCUCCGUGUUGUCUACCUUUCAUAUGCAGGCAACGUCCAGAAACACCAAAGCCACCUUCGUUGUACGUCGUUAAUUGCUUACCACGUCCUUGCCCAGAGCCACCUCAGUGUCCACCAUCAAAAAUUAAACCGCCACCAUCCUCCGUACGAUACUGCGUUCGUUGCACGUGCGAUGGAUCCACAUACUCACCCCUGUAUUUCUCUGAUCCACCCAACUGUCUCCGUACGAAGUCCUGUUGACUGUCGGGCUUCAAAAUUAUACUAUACUUCGUAUUUUUAAUUCUCUUGGUGUGUAAAUUACUAAAAAAUUGAGACCUCUCUCUCUCUGUGCUGUAUAUUAUCAUUAUUGGAUCAAUUCUACUUGGUUGAACAAUUUGUAUAAUUUCUGACAGUGCAUUGAUCGUAACAAUUACUCCUUACACUAAAACUGCUUAAAAAAUUGAGAUAUCUCUGAGCUAUAUAUUAUCAGUAUUGAAUCAAUUCUAUUUGGUACAAUCUCUCACAUGUAACAUUUGAUUAAAUUAAAUUACUCCUUACACUAAAACUGUUUAAAAAAAAUUGAGAUAUC